AUGAAGUUUUGCUUAGUACACGACGGGCCGAGAUGGCUCAAGUGGUCAGCGCGCAAAUUUACUGACCGGAAGGUCCGUGGUUCGAACUCGACCUCUACCUCUCGACUUCCCCUGUCCAGGCUUGGACAACCUGGCAGUAUCCCAGCCCUCGUGCUUCCUCCGGGUUGCAUGGAAGGUAGGCACCGGAAGGGUGUUACAGCUGAACCACUAUUAUAUUAUUUAGUACACAACACAGGGCAACUAAAAAGUCGCUUAGUUCUGGAAACCAAGCAUCUUGGAUGGAUAAAAUUCUGGGUACAACGAAGAAGCCAAACAUCACAGUCCAAACUACCGACAAUCUGUUCCGGUUACCUCCUCUCCAGCACAGCCCGCACGACAAUCGAACUCUUCGAUAUUCCAAAUUUUUAUUCCAACUCUACUUCAGCAUACAGUACAAGUUGCAGUUGGGUUCGGUUCACCAUCAAAAUCCAAAAACCACGGUACACAACGAAAACGACCGGAGUAUUCACCAACCAACUGAGUUCUGCUCACACUGCUCGAAUCGAAAAAAAAUCAUUCAGCUGUAGCACCCUUUUGGUGCUUAACUGCCAUGACACCCGAAGUAAGCUCGAUGGGUGGGAUACUGCCAGGUUGCCCGAGGCUAGACAGGGGAAGCCGGGAGGCAGAGGUCGGGUUCAAACCACGGACUUUCUGGUCAAUAAAUAUGUGCUCUUACCACUGAGCCAUCUCGCACGAUGUGAUGCAGCAUCUGGUCUAUUUCUUUUUCUAGUUUUCAGAGCUUGCCUCACGCGUUCAGAUUUCACUGGGAGCGACACUUCGCACGGCUUCGUUAGUUCCCUAAUUGUGUCAGAAAUGCAACCGCACGGACAUUGGUAUUCGACAACAGUCGAGCGUUGUGGUAGCCAAACUGGCAGGUCCCACCACGGGCCGUGCAAAUAUAUAACUGUUCGAACUAAAGGUCAUUCAGAAGAGACUGUGGACAUUGAGCAGGCAUUCUCUAAUACAACUCAAUGGGAUGCUGAGGUACGCAAAUUGUCGCAUCACGACAAGGCCCAGUCUGUUUGCGACGCUUCGGAUGACCCAUAUCGAUUCUCAGGGAGUCAACCUGUAACGUUCAACUUCGCGGCAACUCGCCCAAAGAAUGAACAUCAUCCACCCUGGCUAGUUUCUGGAUCUAGGAGAAAGAUAACCAGUUCAGUAGUACAACAUCUAGCAGACGCGGGGCACAACGUGAUACUCAGCCAGAGCUUCCGCAUUGUUUACGAGACGCCGGCUAAUCAACCCAGAUUAGUACAGCAACGCACAAUCGCAGUGGCUGAAGCUAUCACCAUACGACAUGAUCCGUUGUCGCUUGGAAUCGAACAACGAUUCUUCCGCAUUAACUUAGCGGGAGCUGAGGAUCAGGAUCCAGAACUGCCACACAGAACACGUACGUAUCAGUUACAUAUAUGCAAAAGUUGA